AUGUCCAACAAGCCUUUCUCCCUUGCGCUGCGGGCUCUACAUCUUCCAAUCCCCCAUGUUAGGCUUUCACAGCAACAACAGCAGGGGCAUCAGCUGCGUGCCCGGGGCCAAUUGUGCAUUGCAGCGGCCCAAGCGCACGUAGGCCCCGUCCUCCAAGUCCUCGCCAAGACCGGUGCACGGUGGGGCGGUUCCGCAGUCCUCUUUGCUGGCGCAGCAUACGCCCUAGCUCAGAGCAAUCGAGCCCCCGAUUCGGAAGGGACUGGCGACCUGUCAUCGGAAGCCAUUCCAUGGGUUCGCCAGUUGGCGGAGACGGAAGGCGUGGAGGAGGUGCUCUCUCCAGGUCAGCAGCUUCGGAAGCACCCCGUUGGAAAGAUGGUGGUGGAGCAGGAUCACCUGUUCGAGACCAUGGUCGCCAGUGGGCAGAUCAAGGAGUUGCGGUGCUUCUACGACACGCGGCGCCGGAUAUUCUACAGUGUAGUUGAGCUGGGCAGGGAGGUGUGCGGCUUCCCCCAGACGGUUCAUGGCGGGCUGACGGCAGCCCUGGUGGACGAGACCGCGGGCGGGCUGGCGGUGGCGCUGUGGCGGGCGGGCGACCUGGGCUUUCGACCACCCGCCUAUACCGCCCGACUGGAAGUGGACUACAAGCGGCGCAGGCGUCCGUCCGCAUAUUCUCGCAAGUCGCAUAUCUAUUUCUUAUUUGCCGACCCGACCCGCCCAAAAAUUAAACAGAAAAUCCCCAACGGCCAGAUCAUCCUCAUCGCGACGGAGGUGGAGCAAUUGGCGGACCGGAAGGUGUGGCUACGGGCCAAGGUCACCAACGGCAAGGGCGCUGUGUAUGCCACGGGGCGCGCCCUGUUCGUCGCUCCGCGGUGGCUGCCUGACUGGCUGCGAUCGCUGACCGGGGGCCGGAGGGACGGGGGGCGACAACAACAGCGUCAGCAGCAUCAGCAAACGGCGGCAGAAGUGGCACGGGCGUGA